UUUGUAACUGGGUACCAUAACUAUUACAUACCUGGUUCCUCCCCAACACUGCUGCUGAUAACCACUUGUGUACAUUAGACUUUGAUCAGUGUCAUACAGAUUGUGUCAUGUUUUUGCCCACUACUGUUGACUGACACACAACCAGCACCUGCUGCUUUAACUGGAAUUACAGCCACAUCUGAGGAUUAAGAAACAGCUUUCUGUUGGUAUGUCCUCCACUACCACCAUGUCAACGUCUGUACAGGUGGAGCCGGUCAUGGAGAGGGCUUAUGGAGGGGUUGGCCGCUGCAAGUGCUCGUUUUGGUUCGCAGUGGCUCAUGACAUCCUUGGUGUAUUCAUCAUGAUGGUGGGGGUAUUUGGAGGGCUAGUUAUUCAUGACUUGUUCAUCUAUGCCGGGGCCAUCGUUAUCUUCCUCAGUCUGAUCUGGUGGGUGUUCUGGUACUCUGGGAACAUUGACGUCCCUCCUGAAGAGCUGGAAGACGACGUGGGCAUGAUGAAACUGAAGAACCGUGGACUGAGUAAGGUCGUGAGGCAGGUGUCAGACCGCAUUUCGAGUGGGAUCAGGGACUCUUUCAGAAAGUCCAGCAGGUCCAACACCAGACGUUCAACCAGUGGACAGCAGCUGCGCACAGACGUGCACCUUUCCACCAUCUUUGACAACACCAUUACCUCUUCUUCCACCUCAUCGAAAGAACUAGUGAGAGAGACACUGUCAAUAUAA